AUGCGGUGGUCAUCGCGACUCUCCUUCAUCGUUCUCUGUGUUGCCCUUCUGGCUAUCGUCGUUGCCGGCCAACAGCCUUCCAACCGUCAUGCCCGUCACCGUCGUCAGAUACUAAGCGGAGGGGACUCCAUCACGAACCACAGCAACGACAAGCUGCCUCUUCCAACGUCUGAUUCAAAGACAGACGGUAAUAACAAAAGCAGCGAAGUGGACGGCAACAAGACGACGCCGCCUACCUCUGACAAGCCAACAUCGACUCCCACGUCCACUCCAGACAAGCCUACUGAUCCGACCACCUCGGAUAUGCCAACGUCGACGCCACCAACCAGUGAGAACAAGCCAACAUCCACUCCGACAUCUGAGCCAAACCCGCCUACCUCUCCUCCUCCAUCUCCAACUUCGACUCCCACGGACACGCAGCCAACGCCCACUGACAAGCCCACAAGCGCCGCCCCAACUCACACAAACGACAACCCGACCAACAACCAGCCUACUCCAAAGCCAACAACCACCCCCAAGUCGACUCCUACCCCUACCACCAUCAUCAUCAUCCAGACAUAUACCAACAGCGAUGGAUCCGUUGGCCAGUCGACCAUCUCGUCUGUCUCUACCCCGCCACCCGAGCCUACUGUUGGAGGUGGUGGAAACGGUGGUAGCAGUGGCGGAAUGAGCCCUACCACCCGUAACACCAUCAUCGGUGUCGUCGUUGGUGUCGGUGGUGCCAUCAUCCUCGGUGGUCUAGCCAUCGUCUUUUUCAGACUACGACGCAAGAGAAAUGCCAAUGCGGACAACGACAACGAUGAUCUGAUCCAGACCGGUGCCGCUGUGGGUUCUCAGACCCAUGAGGCACCUGGAAGCAGCCCAUUCAAGUCGACUCUCGACCAAUACCAUAAACCAGGGCCAGUCAACCCUGCUUCCAAUUUUUAA